GGGCCGUCGCCGGUGCUACUAUCCAUCCGCCGAGAUCGGAGUUCUCGCCCUUGACAGCCAGUACCAGUUCCUCCAUGCGUCCAAUAGUAAGUAGCUGGGUCCUUUAGUGGCAUUGCCCACGCUAGCAAUUCUAUCUUGUAAUAUGCCCAGCUUCCCUUUGCGUUAAGACAUGUGUAUUCCGCCAACGUCAAUAACCAGCCUAAAUAACCACACUAGCUCUAUCGCCAAAUAAGGCUUAGCCAGAGAGACAUCAUUCUUCGAUAUGACGCAACCAAUUCACCAACUGGAUGACCUCCUACGCCAGCACGACGAGUCAGAUGAUACCAGCUUCUUUCAUAUCCCUCUUGGCUUUACUAUAUACCGUACAGACUACACGACGGAAAACUCAGAUCAACUAUGGACAGACCUAGUGGAAGAUCGUACCCAAUGGCUGGUUAAACAGGUGAAUGACGAGUCUGAGGGCUAUGGGAGUAGCCCUACACAGCUAGCUGCUGCGGAAAAGUUGCGGUCGCUGAUUCGUUUUGAUGCCCGGUCGGACAGAGACAACCUCGAGGGUCGCGAUUUAGAUCAACUGCGGGAUAUUUUCAACGAUCACGUGGGUGGAAAGCCUCUUCACAUUGGGCAAUAUGAGCGAAAUUUGUUUCUCGUCGCUGAUGAGGAAGUCUUUGACAACCUUGUUAGCAAGGAUGAUCAGCCGUGGGUUAAGGCAGUAGAGGCUAAUUACGACAGGAGGAGCACAAGGCGACUGAUAAUGGACGUGUCGCCAUUCCUAAAGUAUACUAUGGCUGGAUGAGGGUAAAGACUUUUGGUGUUUUGAUGAUGCACGCGAUGCUACCAGGGAACCAACUGUCAGAUAUCGCACCGCGCAUGGAUGCUAAUGGAAAAGCAAAGCUUUACAGCUGAUAAGAGCCCAGUGUGUUACAAAUACAGGGGUGAUGGGCAUUCACAGUAAGUUUAUACCACUAUGCUAUUCCGCUAGUAUCAAGAUGAAGCGUAUCAAGCAAUGCUUCGUAGUUGCGGAGAAUAGUAAGGACUGAUGCGUAGCUCGCAUUGAACUGCAUUCUCAAUAUUAUUUGCAAAAGAAAAUCAUCCUUUAAAAGAUAUACAUUGUAAUUUAAAAGACAAAAAGAAUUCUUCUGGCUUAAUUAAAUGCCUUAUCAACUAUGUUUGCAGAUGACUUGGCUUGUGUUACUGGGGAAGCACAUUUGACAGCUGGCAAAUCAUCACUCUUUUACAGCUGCACG